AUGGGGGUAUUAGAUGAAGUUAAGGACUCUAAUGCUCAAGAGAAGGCCGAAUCAUCAGUGACACAGUCAAUGAAGUCAUUGGUUUUUGUAAGUUUGCUUGUAAUAGCUAUGUUUAUCUACUUUUAACUGGUUUACUUGAAAGAAUUUAAAACCUCACAAAUGCUUGUUAAAAUUCUUAAAUUUUACGUUUAGGAGGAUGAAGAUUUACCAUACGAAGAAGAUAUUUUGAGGAACGAGUAUUCGUUACGGAGUUGGCAACGUUAUAUUGACCAUAAGAUCAAGACCAAAGCUCCAUCGAAACAAGUUCGUGUGAUCUACGAGCGAGCGCUGAAGGUCUUCAACAGAUCCUACAAGUUAUGGUACAAUUAUUUGAGGUAUAGGAGGAAGAUUAUUGUACAGAAACCGCCUACGGAUAUCGCUUAUAGUUAUCUUUGUGAUGCGUAUGAAAGGUGUUUGGUGUUCUUGAACAAAGUAAGUUAAUUUAAUAUUGCUUAUUUGAGUUUUAAGUUAAAUCGAAAGGAAGGUAAAGGACAAGGCUUUGAAUAUAAUGCUUAUACCGACCUUUUCAAGGUGUAUAUUGCUAGUUUUGCCUUUUAUUCAAUCAAUAACUACUACAAUAUUACUCUAAACACUUCUUUACUUCAGAUGCCUCGUAUUUGGAUUGAUUAUUGUGAUUUGAUGGUGAAAAGAGGUCUGGUAACUGACACACGACGUGUUUUUGACAGAGCGAUACGUGCUCUACCUGUCACACAACAUAUGCGGAUAUGGCCAAUGUAUAUUGAGUUUGUAACGUCUCACAACAUACCAGAUACCACGAUACGGGUUUAUAGGCGGUAUUUGAAGGUAAAUUUUGAUUUUUUAUUUUUGUUUUUAGAUACGAGGUCUUGAAAUGAUUGCAAAUUAGGCUGUUGCAUAGUUUAAUAUAUAAAACAAGGUUCUUUUUGUAUGAUACGAGGUGCUAUAUAAAUAAAGUUAUAAAAAACUUAUUUCUUCUGGUUUUCAAUUAAGUUAAUUGAAGACCUUCUGAAUUAGAAAAAUAUGUUUGAUGUUUUAGAUCAAUCCAGCAGCUCGAGAAGACUUUGUUGAUUACUUGAAGGGCAUUGACAAGUUGGACGAAGCAGCUAAACAGCUUGCCAUUUUGGUCAACGAAGAUCGUGAUGUUAGUGAACAUGGUAAAAGCUCUUUUCAGGUAAGGCUUGUUAUCGUUUUGAGUUUUAUUUCUUUUGAAAGAUUUAGUUACGGAUAAAAACACUAAAGCUUCUAACAGUUUACAUUUUAUUUACUAGCUCAACCAUCAAAUACAAAUAAAAUCAUAACAUUGAAAUUAAAUGUGACAAUAAUCUUUGAUUUCUUCGGUGUAGUGCCUGAGAGCUUCUUGCCAUCUUCCAUCUUCCGCCUCCAUCCAGUCUAUUCCAACCUUCUUCCUUAUCUCAUCCUGCCACCUUGUACGAGGUCUGCCAAUCGGUCUUUUGCCAUCAGGUUGCCAGGUCGUAAUUUUCCUUUCCCAUCUAUCUUCAGGCAUUUUGACUACACUCCUUCCAAACUUCCACUUUCUUUCCGUUGCCUUCACCACCACUUCAUCUAGACCUGUCCAUCUUCUUAUUCUUUUGCUUCUAAUUCCCCAUCUUAACUUUACAUUACACAUCAUUCUAAAAGGAAUGUAAUUCUACGACAACAUCAUUUAUGACACUAUUAUUUGUUUAUGUUAUUAAAUAUCAUAUAAAAAGAUAAUUUCAGUUAUGGUCAGAGCUAUGUGAGCUGAUAUCGAAAAACCCAAAAAAAGUGUUCAGUUUGAAUGUAGAGCCGAUUAUUCGUCAAGGAAUCCAACGUUAUUCGGAUCAAGUCGCCGUGUUAUGGUUGGCUUUGGCCGAAUAUUACAAUAGGAAGCCAAACUUUGAAAGAGCUAGAGACAUCUACGAAGAAGCCUUGGUUAAAGUCGUUACUGUACGAGACUUUACUCAGAUUUUCGAUUCAUAUGGCACAUUCAUGGAACGCUUGAUAUCAGUAAAGUUGAAUGGACUAUCCAAAGCCAAACCUAGCCAAAUUGAUGAACUAAACUUUGAGUUGGAGCUUCUGAUCAAUCGUUUGGAACACUUGAUGAGUAGACGCUUACUACUGGUUAAUUCAGUUCAUUUACGACAGAAUCCAAACAACGUGAGGAAGUGGAUUGAGAGGAUUCAGCUGUUCGAUGGGUUCUUUGAUGAACAACAAGAAACUUUUGAAAAAGCUGUCAAAACUAUUGAUCCGAAGCUACAAACUGGAUCGUUAAGUGAUUUAUGGAUUCAUUAUGCUGAAUUAUUGGGCAAGCUUGAGAAGUUCCAGGACGCGAAGAAGAUUUACGAACGAGCUGUUGUUGUACCAUUUGCUAAGGUCGAUGAAUUGGCUCAGGUUUGGUGCAAGUAUAUCGAGUUUGAGUUGUUUAAAAAGUGAGUUGAAUACGUGGUUAUGCCUAUGAUAAGGUUAUGUUUUAUAAGGUUAUAUACUUAUAUAAUAAUGUUAUAUAGGUAUGGAAAGAUAUAGUCUUGAGGUAUGAAAAAAAUUAAGGGAGAGAAGGCUUUUUUUGUGGUCAAAACAGCAUGUUAAGUUAAAAUAUUAUCAAGAAAGGAAACACAAUGUUACAAAAGUAAUGUCAUGUAUUGUCAGAGACUACGACGCCGCCGUCUAUCUUCUCAAACGCUGCACAGAACAACCGCGCAAGAAGGUACAAUACUUUGAUGAAACAGAAAAAGUCCAAAAUCGAGUCUACAAAUCUCUACGAAUUUGGUCACUAUACGCUGAUAUCGAAGAGAGUCUAGGCACGGUGGAAACAUGCAAAAAGGUCUACGAACGAAUCAUAGAACUUCGAAUUGCAACGCCUCAAAUUGUCAUUAACUACGCUCGGUUCCUCGAGGAAAAUCACUAUUUCGAAGAGUCGUUCAAAGCCUAUGAGAAGGGGAUUGGAUUGUUCAGAUGGCCAAUGGUCUACGACAUUUGGAAUGUGUACUUGGCCAAGUUUACCAAGCGAUAUGUAAGUUCUUUUUUUGGGGUUUUAUAUUUAAAAUUUUGUUUUAGCGCUUGUCAGAGAGGUUUUAAAAAAAGUAUUUUUUAGGUAGAUCAUUCUUUUGGUUUGUUAAUUUUUGUUGCCUUUUAUGAAGACGAAUAAUUUAAAAAACAUAAUAAUCUUUUUCAGGGCGGUAGAAAGUUAGAACGGGCCCGUGAUCUCUUCGAACAAUGCCUCGAAAAUUGUCCGCCGAAGUUCGCCAAAGGCAUUUACCUUCUCUACGCCAAACUAGAGGAAGAGUGCGGUCUGUCUCGUCACGCCAUGGCCAUCUACAACAGAGCCGCCAAGAACGUGGAGGAGUCGGACAUGAUCAUGGUGUACAAUAUUUACUUGAAGAAAGCCAUCGAACUGUUUGGUCUCACCAACAGUCGACAAAUAUUCAGCGAAGCUAUCGAAGCUCUACCUGAAGACGAUUCCCGUGAAAUGUCAUUGAAAUUCGCAAAAGUUGAACAAAAUCUUGGAGAAAUUGAUCGUGCUAGAGCGAUAUAUGCUCAUUGUGCUGAAGUCUGCGAUCCUAGGGUGAGUAUUCUUGUUUUUAUGGAUAUUAUUUUUGGUUUUGUCGUAGAAAUAUUUACGUUUUUUCAUAGAAUUAUUGAUUUAUUUAAACCUAAUUAUUGAUAUUAUUGUAGGUUCACGGUCAAUUCUGGGAGACCUGGAAAGAGUUCGAAGUCAAGCAUGGCAAUGAAGAUACGAUCCGUGAGAUGUUAAGAGUAAAACGUUCAGUCCAAGCCUCAUACAACAUCAAUGUCAACUACAUGAGUGCCCAAAUGUUGGCCACAAUCGGAGGUAAAGCCGAGAAAGCUGGUGAACUAUCGGCCGCUGAUUCUAUGGCCGUUUUGGAAGCUCGUGCUCAACAAAUCGCUGCUGAAGAGGGUUCGAAACGAAGACCAACCGAUGUCAAACCAAUCAGUUUUGUCAGAGGCGAGAGCAAGACUGUCACAGAGAAUGUCACCGAGAAUCCGGACGAGAUCAACAUUGACAUGGACGAUGAUGAAUAUGAGGAGUAA